AUGCAACCAAAAUUGUCGCCAGCCCAAAAGUUAGAGUUCAACAUCCCUGCCAAGGACGAUGUUGGAGCUCUAGGAAAUAGAAUCAAUGCUGAAACCAAAGCUCUCCAUGAUCAGAUUAACGCAGUCGUGACGAUGAAGUUUGCGCUUGCUUUGAGAAACCAAAAAGUCUACAGACAAGGUCUCCAAGCUUUCUAUCACAUUUACCGUCACAUUGAGAUUGCUCUCGAACGCGAGAUGGAGAGAGAUACCGAAUACGCACAGAUGAUCAAGAACAUUUACCAGCCGGUUUUAUGCAGGACAGAGCCGCUCCGUAAGGAUCUUUUCUACUUCUACGAGGGUCACUCUGAAAAGUAUGAGAACCCUAUUCUCCCUCUCCAAAUCGAAUACGCUCAACACAUCCUCGAAUCCACAAAAGAAAAGCCAUACCUGCUUCUCGCUUACAUGCAUGUCAUGUAUCUCGCUCUGUUCGCUGGAGUUAAGUUGUUGAACUCGCAGGUGAUGAAGUCUCUCAAGUUAUUCCCUAAGAUUAAAGGACAAUCCCGUGACGACGCAUUACGUCAAGGUACCAACUUCUUCAAGCUUGACGUUCCUGACACUGAAGAACUUAGAGCCGUUUACAAGAGAGAUUACGAGCUGCAAACAAGAAAUGACCUACCAGAGAACAUCAAGCAAGAGAUUGUAGAAGAGUCCAAAUUUGUGUUCAUCAUGACUGGAAAGAUUGUGAAGGAAAUCGAAUCUCAUAACAUUGCCAAACUGCAGAGCAAUUUCAACUACCAGUUGAAGACCAACCUCCACUAUGUCAUCACCGCGGUUCUGAUGAUCUCUGUGUGCUACUUCGCAAGAAAUAUGGUGUCUCACAUUCUACUCAAGUGA